CUGGGAUUCGUCUGCCCCGAAGCGCCUGUCCGGCCACGUCCAAUGAUAGUAUCUUCACCAUGCAUCCGUGCAGGGAUUUCGGGUGCUUUGUGCGCAAUGCUGCAGUAGUUCCUGCACGUCUGGUGGCAGGUGUGAAGCCCUCCCUCCAGAUCUGCUCUCUUCCCCUCCCCCGGCGGUUUAUUAGUAGAGAGCCAUGCGCUACUUCCGAUCGUCACCCACCUUUCCCCGGUCGUCCUCAUCCCUUUCUCUUGGUCCUCGGGUUGUCGAUUUGUCGUGCACGAGCUCUGGUAGCUAGGCCGUCAUCCUUCUGUCAUUACUCUGCUUUUGCAACCGUUGAUCGGUUCAAACGCACUCGAGAUACCCAACGCCUGCGGAUGUUUGUGGUGGAUCAGACGUCCCUUCCAGCCUUGCGUCUCAUACAUUCUUUCGAGCGACAAGGAGGAAGAUUAUCGACCGUACUAACAUCAUGGCCGAGUUAUUCCACCCUGCACCGCCCAAAUGUCCGCCCCUACGGCAGGUCCAAGGGACGAGACUUAAUACCAUACCCGAGGAUGAGCGUGAGGAACAAUACUCAGAGAAAGCAGUCCGCGUCUUACCGACCCCCAAUCCAACACCGCAGCCACUGCCACAGUUGAAGCUCAAGACCAGCGGUCUCCCAUUGGUGUCAGCCAGGUUGCAUCGAUUCUUCUCGCCAAUAUCUGCAGGGUCGAUGUCAUCUUGCUCGGAUACGGAAUGGCAGCCCACCGACGAGGAAUCCGAGACGAGCGACGACUGUACCUCAUUUGCCAGCACGCGGCCAACAAGCUUGGUGUCGCCGACGACGCGAGCCUCGGUCGUUUCCCCAAUCUCCCGCAAUCGUUACCCAAGCCUCACCAUCCCGUCGUCCGCGAGUUCUCCGAUUCCGCCAACUCCGCCGUCAAAAAUCCCGGUCUCUCCCGCUGCUCUGUCGUUGCUGGGUCACCCGGUACCCGCUGUGCAUGCUCCACCAUCUUUGGAUGGCAGUGUGUCCUCAGACCAGGUGUCGGGCAUCAGUGCCCCGGCCACUCCAGACCUGCAGUCUCUACCAGAUAAUGACUGGAAUGAUGCACCGGACGCAGGAGCACCAAAUCUGGAAGUGGAUCCAGAAGUUCAAAGCAUUGAGAUUGCCAUCGAGGGCGCCAGCGAGGACUGGCAGCACGUCCUGGGCCGAUUCCCGCGGAUUCCAGGUCGAUCGUCUCCUAUCGACCUGGGAGCUGAACCUCCACGGGAGGAUACUCCAUCCGACAGAGGGGUUUGCCUUCCUGCAGGUGCCUUGGAGAUGCUCAGGCACAUCUCCUUCGAUGGGACGCCGGAUCCCUGGUCGGAGACUUCCGAGGGAAAUGAAGAGAUUGCCGGCGACGCGACACCUGCCUCAGACAUCUCGGGGUAUAGCUUCAGCAGGCUGAGCAUACCCUCCCCUGGAGGCUUCUUUGCUUCGUUAGCCCCGAGGGCUCGUCACACGUGGUCUAUUCCCAGGGGAAACAAGCCGCCUUCGUCUGCCAUUGCCGAGAACUUCUACAAGCUACCAUUCUCCCGGGAUGACGGAGAGGUUGUCGAACAAGUAACCGCCGUGUAUGACCCGCCGACCGCCAUUUGGAUUCCCCCGGAAAUUGCGCCCCAAGACACGCAGGAUGAUGCAGUGUUUCCCGAGCCCGAGGUCGAUCAUGACUCGAUUCCCGUGGACAGUCAGUAUGAACGAGAUGAAAACUACGACACUGAACUGCGAGAAAAGGCGAUGUCGGGCUUGGAUCGAACCAGUGUCUGGCUGGCAGCUCAGGCCUCCUACCUUUCAGCCCUUCACGAGACCAACCCCGUGAAUAUGCUAGAUGGGGAAGAUCCCAAGGAUGCAGCCAAGAUCGAGCCCCCUCCCCAGCGUGUCCGCAAGAUGUCCAUCCCUUCUGGGACAAUCCCGGAAGCACCUAGCUCCCAGCCUUCUGCGCAAGCAAGUCGAGACUCCAUCUACUGGCGAGGGUUUCAAGCAGUGCAUCAGCAAUCCAGCAGCCAGGACACGUUUGUGCAUCGGAACACACGGUUCGACGCUGUCCAAUCUUCCCGACUCGGUCUGACUAACACGCACAUCAGCCGGUUGCGGGGGAGCUACGAAGUCACUCGCCCUGAGCGCCCAGCCUACAAAGGGCCCUUUUCACUGGCUCCCCGCAACUCAACGAUGGGCCCAGCCCUGGUGGAGAAGGCUCAGUUUUCGAUGGUCGAAAAGGAGCAGGCGGUGCUGUCCCAGCUCCGAGAACCGAUGUGGGCCAUGGAUGCUCUCAAGUACCUGAAUGGGGGUAGCCUAAUCGUGAGCCCUGCUCUGAAGAGACUCUCCGGUGCGUCGCACUCGCGAAAGGUUCCUCCCCGUCAACUACGAGUCUUGGAUCUUGGUGGACAUGCCUCGUGCGAAUGGGGCUGGCAACUUGCCCACGACCACCCGAAUGUCAAGGUCUACACGGUGGUCACGGAGCAUCAGGACAUCAACCCUGGCAUCAAAGGGCCUCCCAAUCACCGUCAUCUUUCCGUGUCCCAGCUCUGGAAGCUGCCAUUCUCCGACAGCAAGUUCGAUGUGAUCUCCGCUCGCUCUCUACCGGCUCUGUUGAAAAAACAGUGUCCUACGGGGGAAGCCCAGGAUGAGUAUGACCUCUGCCUGAAAGAGUGUCGUCGCUGCCUCAAACCUGGCGGCUACCUGGAGUUCUUCAUCAUGGACGCCCAGAUCACGCGGGCAGGGCCCCAGGCGUCUGCCACGUCAGGGGAGUUUGCAUCCAACCUCACGGCUCGGGGCUAUGACCCAACGCCGACGAAAGGCUUCCUCACUCGCUUGCAAAGAAACUUCGCGGACGUCAAACGAGCCUGGAUGUUCCUGCCCAUGGGCACGGAGCCUGUCAAGCCAGAGUUCCCCAGGGAGACGCCCGACCCGAGAGUGAAGAGCCUGAUGGAUGAAUACGAGGCCGUGCACGGUCCGAUCGGCAGCACGGCGGAUAUUGCCAGUGUGACGGGCAUUCUGGGCGGCUGGCUCUGGGAACAGUGGUUGGUGAAACUGCAGAUGGAGAUGGGCAUUGACCGACCUGACCUACUGGCGGGGAUUGGACGGAAACGAAACAGCUUCUUCAAGACCCUCACCAACCAAACCGUCACGAUCGAACUGAAAAACGACAUCCGCAUCCGCGGCACCCUGAAAUCCGUCGACCAGUACCUGAACAUCAAGCUGGACGACGUCGACGUCCUGGACCUGGACAAAUACCCGCACCUGUCGUCCGUCAAGAACAUGUUCAUCCGAGGCAGCGUGAAAGCUGACGGUCCCCCGAAAGCGACAUCGCGGCAGUCGCGCAUCACGCAGUUCGCUACGAAGACGGAGGGCGGGGCGUCGGCGUCGGCGUCGGCGUCGGGGAAAGAUACUGAGAAUGGCGGGAGUGGGGGUGGGGGGUUGUUUUUGGAGGGGGGGAAGGGGUUUGGGAAGAUGAAUGGGGGGGGAAGGGAACGGGAGAGGGAGAGGGAGAGGGAGAGGACGCCGGAUGAUUUUUGGGAUCAGGAUAAGGAUGGGGAUGGGAGUGGGAGUGGGAAUGGGGGUGAGGUGGUGGAGAUUGUGAGUGGGGAUGAAGACUGGGAUGGGGGGAGGUAUAAUGAGAAUGGUGGGGGGGUGAAGAGGCGACGGGUUGAGGAUUCUGGGUCUGGAGAUCGGAAGGAGGAGGGCGGGGAUGGGGUCAAGAUAGGGUCUACGACUACAUCGUCGAAGAAGAGACAGAUCAGUGGCCCGUUCAUCGACGAGUCGGAUAGUGAGGAAGAGGAGGAUUUGGAGCGCUUUCGGGAGGUGGGAGAUUCAUCUCUAUCCGAGAACAAUGGUGAUGGCAAUGAGCACGACAGAAAGGAAUCUCCAAACUACGAGGACGCAAAGCCGGACACCCCAGCACCAUCGGUAAGAGAAGCCACGAGUCUGAUCGAUAAUGAGGAAGAUGCGAAUUUUGACGAUCUAGAAGACGAGUUCCGGGAUGAAGAGCUCUUAGACACCUUUCAGGAUGAGGAUGAGGAUGAAGAUGGGGAUGUGGAUGUGGAUGGGACUGGGCUUGACGGCACGGGCGACGCGGAGGACUUUGGCUGCGAGGCGCCUGUGUGUCCCAUAUGUCAGACUGUGCUGGCGGGUCUGACGGACACGGAUGUUUCGGUGCACGUGAAUGACUGUCUCGAUGGGAAGCCUAUGAGGUUAUCCAAGUCGGAGCCCCCGGAGAAGGAGCCGGAGAAGGAGCCGACAGGCUUGACUCGCGCGGACCGGGCAGCUGUCGCGAGGCCCGCACAGCGCGAUCCGUAUGCCUCCGGAGUGGCCGGUACGCGGUCAGCCUUCUCGAAGCUGAUGUCUGGCAACGCGGAAGACACGGCGUGGGCAGCCGCCGCAGCCAACGAGGUGGCCUCGCGCGGCAAACAGGCCUACCAACGGACAUGUCCGUUCUACAAGAUCAUUCCCGGGUUCUCUAUCUGCGUGGAUGCCUUCCGCUACGGGGCCGUGGAGGGCUGUCAGGCCUACUUCCUCAGCCACUUCCACAGCGACCACUACAUCGGACUGGCCAAGUCCUGGCGCCACGGGCCGAUCUACUGCAGCCGGGCGACGGCGAACCUCGUGUCCCAGCAACUCAAGGUCGACCGCAAAUGGCUGGUGCCGUUGGAGUUUGAGAAAACGGCCGAGGUGCCGGGGACGGGCGUGCAGGUGACGCUGAUCGAGGCCAACCACUGUCCCGGGAGCGCGAUCUUCCUCUUUGAGAAACCCAUGGGGUCCGGCCCGACUCGGCGGACGCACCGCGUGCUGCACUGUGGCGAUUUCCGCGCCUCUCCGCUCCACGUGCAGCACGCGCUCCUGCGUCCAGAUGUCGUGGACGCAGCCACCGGACAGCUUCGCCAACAGCGCAUCGAUGCCUGCUAUCUCGAUACGACGUAUCUCAGCCCCCGAUACGCCUUCCCGUGCCAGGAAGAUGUCAUCCAGGCGUGCGCCGACCUCUGCGUGGAGCUGGACGGGGAUGACGGGGCGCUGGGACGCGCCAUCAGCGGGGGUGGGGGUGGGAAUAGCAUGCUCAGCAAGUUCGUUUCUACGGUGACGGGCUCCCGGACGCCCUCUGGCUCUGCCUCCCGGCCGGGCCGACUCCUGGUAGUGAUCGGGACGUACAGCAUCGGCAAGGAACGGAUCUGCAUCGGGAUCGCGCGGGCGUUGAAGAGCAAGAUCUACGCGACGGCGGCGAAACAGCGGAUCUGCGCGUGCCUGGAGGACGAGGAGCUGUCGGCCCUCCUGACGGACAACCCGCGGGAGGCGCAGGUGCACAUGCAGACGCUGUUCGAAAUCCGGGCGGAGACGCUGACGGACUACCUGGACUCGCUGAAGCCGCACUUCACGCGGGUGGUGGGCUUCCGGCCGACGGGGUGGACGUACCGGGGCCCCGCGGGGCGCACGCUGGAGCAGCCGGCCGUGUCGGCGGUGCUGCACGCGGCGCAGUGGCGGACGGGCUUCUCGGCGCGCGAUCUGACGGCGCAGCGCGGCAGCACGCGCGAGAGCGCCUGCUUCGGGGUGCCGUACAGCGAGCACAGCUCGUUCCGCGAGCUGACGAUGUUCUGCUGCGCGCUGAGGAUCGGGCGGGUGAUCCCCACGGUCAACGUGGGGAGUCGGCCCAGUCGCGAGCGCAUGAAGGGGUGGAUGGAGCGGUGGGAGGCGGAGAAGAGGCGGAGUGGAUUGUUCAGGGUGGAGGGGAGUCGAUGCCAGUUAGUCAAUAAUAUGCUGGCCCUGUUAUUAUCGCCCUACGGGGUCUAUCUGGGCCUGGCCGCCCUGGCCGUGUACUACAUCGUGCCAUACGUCCAGCGCUGGCACCUUCACGACAUCCCCUCGCCUGGCUUUGCCAGCGUCAGUAAUCUGUGGCUGUUGCUGCAGACGCGACGCGGCCACCGCUUCAAGACCAUCGACGACGCCCACAAGCAACACGGCAAACUCCUCCGCAUCGCCCCCCGCCACACUUCCAUCGCCGACGACGCCGCCAUCCAGGCUGUCUACGGCCACGGCAAUGGCUUCCUCAAGAGCGACUUCUACGACGCCUUCGUGUCCAUCCACCGUGGUCUGUUCAACACCCGCGACCGCGUCGAGCACUCCCGCAAGCGCAAGACCGUCUCCCACACCUUCAGCAUGAAGUCCAUCGGCCAGUUCGAGCAGUACAUCCACGGCAACGUCGAGCUGUUCGUCCAGCAGUGGAGCCGCCUGGCCCAGACCCAGCGCGACCCCCGCACCGGCUUCGUGACCCUCGACGCCCUCAACUGGUUCAACUACCUGGCCUUCGACAUCAUCGGUGACCUCGCCUUCGGCGCCCCCUUCGGCAUGCUCGACAAGGGCAAGGACUACGCCGAGAUGCGCAAGACCCCCGACGCCCCCCCCUCCUACGUCCAGGCCGUCGAGGUCCUCAACCGUCGCGGCGAGGUCUCCGCCACCCUGGGCUGUCUGCCCGCCCUGAAGCCCUACGCCAAGUACCUCCCCGAUCGCUUCUUCCGCGACGGCAUCCAGGCCGUCGAGGAUCUGGCUGGCAUCGCCGUCGCCCGCGUCAACGAGCGUCUCCGCCCCGAGGUCAUGGCCAACAACACCCGCGUCGAUCUCCUCGCCCGCCUGAUGGAGGGCAAGGACCAGAACGGCGAGAAGCUCGGUCGCGCCGAGUUGACCGCCGAGGCCCUGACCCAGCUCAUCGCCGGCUCCGACACCACCUCCAACACCUCCUGCGCCAUCCUCUACUGGUGCAUGAGCACCCCCGGCGUCAUCGAGAAACUCCAGCAGGUCCUCGACGAGGCCAUCCCCGCUGACAUCGACGUACCGACUCACUCCAUGGUCAAGGAAAUCCCCUACCUCCAAUACAUCAUCUGGGAAACCAUGCGCAUCCACAGCACCUCCGCCAUGGGACUCCCGCGCGAAAUCCCCGCCGGAACCCCUCCCAUCAACAUCUCCGGCCACACCUUCCUCCCGGGCGACGUCGUCUCCGUGCCCAGCUACACGAUCCACCGCUCCAAGGAGAUCUGGGGUGCCGACGCCGAGCAAUUCGUCCCCGAGCGCUGGGACCCCGCCCGUCUGACGGCGCGACAGAAAGCCGCCUUCAUCCCCUUCAGCACGGGUCCCCGCGCCUGCGUGGGUCGGAACGUCGCCGAGAUGGAACUGCUGGUUAUCUGCGCCACGGUGUUCCGGCUCUUUGAGUUCGAGAUGCAGCAGAGUGGGCCCAUGGAGACGAGAGAGGGGUUCUUGCGGAAACCUGUCGGUUUGAUUGUGGGGAUGAAGAGGAGGGAGAUUGUUUCUGCUGCGGCUUGAUAUGGAGUUUUGGGUAAGGGGUGGAGGCUUUUUUUUCAUUUUUGUUUUGUUUUAGUUUUAGGUUGAGUAUGUAUGUAUGUAUGUAUGUAUGUACUUAUACGUAUGUAUGGAUGGAUGGAUGUUUGUGGUUUGGUAUGGUUUAUGUACAUGACAUGACAUGACAUGACAUGAGAGCGUGAG